CGGCGGGUUCGAAUCCCGUCGGCGCCGCGCCCGCCAUGAACUUCUCGGAGCUGUUCAAGCUCUCGGGGCUCCUGGGCCGCUUCUCCCCCGACGGAAAAUGCCUGCACAACAUUGACCCUCUCUGAACCAAACCUGGCAUCACAGCAAGCCUGGCAGGGACAGCCCUGGUGCUCCAUCCAGGAUCCUGCCCCAUUUCAGCUCAGCCCUGUCCCCCCCAGGCCUCGUGUGUGCAGCACCGCUUGGUGGUUCGGGAUGCCAGCUCCCUGCAGAUCCUCCAGCUCUACACCUGCUUGGAUCAGAUCCAGUACAUCGAGUGGUCCUCGGACUCCCUGUUCAUCCUGUGUGCCAUGUACAAGCGGGGCAUUGUCCAGGUCUGGUCCCUGGAGCAGCCGGAGUGGCACUGUAAGAUCGACGAGGGCUCCGCGGGAUUGGUGGCUUCAUGCUGGAGUCCGGACGGGCGUCACAUCCUCAACACCACCGAGUUCCAUCUGCGAAUCACGGUGUGGUCCUUGUGCACCAAGUCUGUGUCUUACAUCAAGUACCCCAAAGCAUGCCAGCAAGGGGUGGCUUUCACCAAGGACGGGCGCUACAUGGCCGUGGCGGAGCGACGCGACUGCAAGGAUUUCAUCAGCAUCUUCGUGUGCAGAAACUGGCAGCUCCUCAGGCAUUUUGACACUGAAACCCAGGAUCUGUUUGGGAUUGAAUGGGCUCCCAAUGGCUGUGUGCUGGCAGCGUGGGACACGUGCCUGGAGUACAAGGUGCUGCUGUACUCCCUCGAUGGGCGGCUGCUCUCCUCCUACCGUGCCUAUGAGUGGCCCCUGGGCAUCAAAUCAAUUGCCUGGAGUCCCAGCAGCCAGUUCCUGGCCAUUGGCAGCUUUGAUGAAAAGGUGCGUAUCCUGAACCAUGUGACGUGGAAGAAGAUCACAGAGCUUGGGCAUCCAGCAACCAUUACCAGCAAAAAGACUAUUGUGUAUAAAGAAGUGGAGAAAUCCCCAACUGUUGGCACAGAGAGACUUUCUUUCCCUCCAACAAGAGCAUUGGCUAGUUCUCUCUUCAGCACACAGAAUAAAUAUGACAUUUGCCAAGUGCCAGUUUCUUUACACUACAUCAAACCAGUUGCUGACAGGGCAAAUCCCAAAGUGGGAGUUGGGAUGUUGGCCUUCAGUGCAGAUAACUGCUUCCUGGCAACCAAAAAUGAUAACAUUCCCAACGCUGUGUGGAUCUGGGACAUCAGGAAGCUGAAGCUGGCAGUGGUGUUGGAGCAGCUGUGCACAAUCCAGUGCUUCCAGUGGGACCCGUGCCAGCCCCGCCUGGCUGUAUGCACGGGCACCAGCAGAGUGUACCUCUGGUCCCCAGCUGGCUGCGUCGUCGUGAAGGUGCCUGGGGAAGGUGACUUCCAGAUUGUGUCUCUCUCCUGGCAUUCCAGUGGGGACUCCAUGCUGCUCCUGAGUAAGGACCACUUCUGUGUGUGUUACUUGGAAAGAGAAGAAGUAAAAUAAAAGAACUAAAAUGCAUUAAAACUGCUCCCAAGUCUGAGGAAGAAAGAGGAAAGGAGUGAAAACCUGUUGCCCAGUCUGAAGU